AUGUCUAUAAGUCCGAGAGACCCUCUUGUGGUAGGAAGAGUCGUAGGAGAUGUUAUUGAUCCUUUCAUGAGAUCGAUCUCUCUAAGGGUUACUUAUGGCCAAAGAGAGGUGACUAAUGGUUUGGAUCUAAGGCCUUCUCAAGUCCAAAACAAGCCAAGAGUUGAGAUUGGUGGAGAAGACCUCCGGAAUUUCUACACUUUGGUUAUGGUGGAUCCAGAUGUUCCAAGUCCUAGCAACCCUCACCUCCGAGAAUAUCUGCAUUGGUUGGUGACUGAUAUUCCUGCCACAACCGGAACAACAUUUGGCAAUGAGAUUGUGUCCUACGAAAAUCCAAGCCCAACCUCGGGGAUUCACCGUAUGGUACUGAUAUUGUUCCGACAGCUCGGGAGGCAAACAGUGUAUACACCGGGGUGGCGCCAACAAUUCUGCACUCGUGAGUUUGCUGAGAUCUACAAUCUCGGCCAUCCCGUGGCUGCGGUAUUUUUCAACUGUCAGAGGGAGAGUGGCUGCGGCGGACGAAGAAGCUAG